AUUCCAUUUACUCCUUAACAGCGACAGAGAGGCGUGAACCCUAAAUAAAUAAAUAAUAUUAUUCUAUCAACUCUCAUAAUAAUCAGUUUCCUUCAUCAUUCACAAUGCCUCUCAAUCCAGUUUCAUUAUCCUCUUAAACAUUCCAAUCUUCUACAAGAUUUGACGGUUUGAACGUGUUUUUGAGGAAAUCGAGUGGUUGAUUUAGGAAUAAUGCCUGCAAAUCAUGAAGAUGAAGAGCGAAAUAGUGAAGAUGGAGUGAGGAUUGUUGCUCAAGCGACUGGUUAUACGCAACCUUGGUGGCAUAGGAUUAAAGAUGGUGUGGUUUCGUCUUUUGGUGAAUCGAAUGGUGUUGGUGGCGAUACGGAUUCGUCUACGGCUCCACAGUCUGGAUCAAAAACGAUUAAUGGCCAAGAUCAGCAUCAAGCUAAACAAGUUGAAACAAACUCACCAAUGGAACUCGUGGGCCACUCAGUAGUUUUGGCAUCUUAUCCAUAUCAGGAACCACCGUAUGCAGGAAUGAUGAAUUACGGAACUCCGGCAUGCCAGCUGGCACACCCGCAAUAUUAUGGGAUGCAUCAAACUAGAAUGGCGCUGCCUCUUCAAAUGGAAGAGGAGCCAGUUUAUGUGAAUGCAAAACAGUAUCACGGGAUUCUAAGGCGAAGACAGUCGAGAGCUAAAGCAGAACUCGAAAAGAAAGUGAUUAAAUCCAGAAAGCCGUAUCUUCAUGAAUCGCGACACCAACACGCUAUUAAAAGGGCUCGUGGCUGUGGAGGUCGCUUCCUCAAUACGAAAAAGCUCAAUAGUGAUGCAACCACAGAUUCUUCACAACAAAAGGAGUCAAAAUGUGGUCAACACUCAUCAUUGCAAUCAGAUUCAGAUCAUUUGUCUACAAAUUACCCUGGAAAUUCUUCAAUAUAUGAAGAUAUGCUCAAAAGAAACGGUUCCUCAAAUGGAAACAACAACGAUCACCACAUUUUGUCAUCAACAUGCAACUUUGAUUUGAUGGAUAGGGAAGGAGUGAAUUACUUCAAGGAAAAGGGGAAUAUGGUGAAUCAAUUCCCGUAAAGGGGCCCAUAUGACAAAUGUGAAAAGGGAUGCAACAGGCAUUCUUUUUGCUACUAAUGUUGGUAUUAUCUGGCAAAUCAUUCUUGGCUUUGGUUACUUGUGUUCUUCUGGGGUAGGGAUAUGAAAGGCUGGGGUGGUGAUCAUUCACACCCUUUUGUGCAUUGUGUAGUUGUAUCAUGUAAGAGAAGAGUAGUUGUACAUUUUGGAAUCUAAAAAACUCGAUGUCAUGCUUGAAAGCUGACGGUAUCGUCUCAUGGGACAGGAUGACCUUAUAACUAUGUUUGGAAAUGGUGUUUCACCUUCAUUUGAACAACUUAUCUCAAGACCAAUUUGUAUAUGCUAAGUUGGAUUGAAUUUAACAUGCAUCGUGUUGUUACUUUUGUC